AUGUCCAAGGAUGACGGAACUUUCUCGAGCAGAAUCAACCAGAUCCAGAAAGCGGCCCUGAAAGCUCCUGGUCCUGGCAAGUACAUGGGCCACGAGGACUGGAGGCUGAAUGGUGGCAGCAGGUUUGCCAAGAAGGAGCGUGGGUACAAGCCGAUGCACAAGAAUCCAGAUCCGACAACGUACGAGCGCAAGGACUUCUUUCAGUUCCCGAGCAACCGCAGCAAGGACUGUUUGUCUCAGAACCGCCGCGUAGUCUUUGGCCGAGUUCCUAAAGGGAACCGGCGGUCGUUCUUGGAUGGGGCAAUGCGCCAUGGGAAGGAGGUGCCAGCGCCCGGACACUACACAAACAAGCAAGUGUGUUCCAACCGUCUGAAUACCAAUCCAUGCGGUGUCACUAGCUGGAAAGUGGAAGAAGCCGCCGCUGGCAAAGUAGCACCCGACAAAACACUCGCACCCAACCACUACACCAUCAACUACAACCAGGUGACAGACAAGCAGUCGGUCUAUACCGUCCCUAAGGAAAAGGCCUCCAACUUCCUGGACAAGGUCGUGAAAGAGAAGUGGAUCGACGUAAGGACAAAGAGAGAAAUGCCUGGUCCCGGCACCUACAAAAUCUUUGACAGUGAAGCGAUAGACAAGACGACAAGAGGAACGUAUCAACUUCAACUUCGAACUCUAAGCCGAUCGGCAACAACCGGCUACUUCUGA